AUGCAUAAUCAAUUGUCGUCAUUGACAUUGUCCUGUUUUCAGGGAAUCGCCAUUGAUCUGCAGUUUCUGCUUAACAAUGAUCUUGCAUUGGAGAAGAGCUUUUUGCUGAACACAUCACCGGAAUUCGAGUUUGCUGCUUACACAGUUGUUGCUCUUGCCGGAGGUGAAGGUACAUACAUUUAUAACGGAGAUGAAAUUGUUAUCAAUGCCCCCACUGUCACCCAGAGUGGAAAACAAUCGAUCGACACUGUCACUAUCAGCUUUGCCGGAACCCAUAAAGGAACAACAAAGCACAGUGGAUCUGCAACAACCAGAAAGCCAAUUGCCAGCGAUGCCGACCUACAAAAACUUGUUGACACUAUGUGGAACGAGGAUAAAGAUAAGCCAACGGCAGCUGAAGUUCAAAUGGACUGGGGAACUCAUAUUAGUGGAAAAACUGGAACCAAGAACAAACCAUUGUUCAGCAAGGUUGAUGAGACUCUUUUUAAAAAGAAGCAAUAUGCUGACUUGAUCACCACUUAUGACAAGAAUUUGUUGACUCCUGAUGUAUGCAAAGCCGAGCCUGCUAUGAGUGGAUUCCGAAAGCAAUACUUCCAAACUGUUUUCAAUACCUUCACUGCAACUCCAAUGUUCGCUUCGGCCUUCAACUAUCUCAAAGAAAAGAAUAUCCAUGGAACGAACACUUUGGAUAAUUUCAAGUCUUCGGUUCUCUGGCCUCUUUGGUUUGGAGUUUACACAAGAUGCAAAGGACCAUUGGGUAGCUCAGGUUGGGAGCACGUGUUCUCCGGAGAAAUCAAAGGAAAUGGAGUAGACGGACAACACGACUGGGUUCGAUAUUAUUUACAGCAGAAGGCUGACAAGAUUGUCUACGACGGAUACUAUGAGCAUGCUGACAAUUUGAUCGGAACAUUCCAGUACACUUGGUUGGGAGCCACAAAGCCGAAAGGAGGAUUCAUCACAGGAACUUCACCAGCAUUCGACUUUUCAAUUUUAACUGUUUGCGCGCUGGCACAUGGAAAUGGAGCCCAUUGUCAAUUUAACUUGAAUGGACACCGAAUCACUGUGACCUCUUACACUCAAGCUUGUGGAGAUCAGAGCGGAACAUGCUUGGCAACGGCAUACCCAAGUCUGUGA